AUGACUCGCCUCACCGACUUUGACCUCCUGUCAUUCGACGUCUACGGCACGCUCAUAGACUGGGAGACGGGCGUGAUUUCCGCGCUGCAGCCGAUGCUGGCCUCCAACGGUGCCGCCGACAGGUUCACCCGCCGCGAGCUCCUGGAAGCCUACUCCUCGUGCGAGAAGGCCCAGCAGACGGCCACCCCGGACGCCCCCUACUCGGAGGUGGUGUCCAAGUGCCUGGCCCCGACGGCGUCGAGACUCGGCCUGACGGCGGCGCCCCCGACGGCCGAGCAGGCCGCCGCCUUUGGCGCCAGCGUGGGCGACUGGCCCGCCUUCCCGGACUCGGUCGAGGCCCUGGGCCGUCUGAAGAGGCACUUCCGCCUCGCGGUGCUGUCCAACGUCGACCACGCCUCCUUCGCUCGCAGCAACGCCGGGCCCCUCCAGGGGUUCCCCUUCGACGCCGUCAUCACCGCCCAGGACGUCGGCACCUACAAGCCCGACCUGCGCAACUUCGACUACAUGCUGCGCGAGGUGGGCGACCGCUUCGGCGUGCCCAAGGAACGCGUCCUGCAGACGGCACAGAGCCAGUUCCACGACCACAGACCCGCCAGGGCCCUCGGCAUCCGCUCCUCGUGGAUCGUCCGCCCCGGCGCCGUCAUGGGUAACCUCGACGACGUCGUCUACGACUGGAAGUAUGACACCCUCAGGGAUAUGGCUGAUGCCGUGGACGCCGAGGUAGCUGCCAAGUAG